CUCUAUUCGGACAUUGGGAAAAGAAGAUGUACAUUUCCAAAAAAAUGGGCAUUUGACACAUCUCGGCCGUGUCGUGACGGCGGCGACUAUUUUUUUAUCUAAGUAAUCGGAGACACAUAGUUCUUAUCUUCAUUCUUCAUCAACAACUACUGAGCUAUAAAAAUGCAGGGUAGUCUCUAUUCCAGGUGUUUUAGGGCUGGGGGAUUAUUGUUCCAGAAAGCAGAAACCAUGAUUUUGAAUUACAACAUCCCUUCUCGCCCUUUACAACAUUCACAACCCCCGACUUAUCUCCUUCAUCAAUAUCGCAUCACUACAAGACAUCUUUCAACUAAUAAAAGAUACCCACGGCAUUCCACUUCUACUGGUUUCAGACAAAUCAGGGCAUUCGUUUCCGAUUUCCCUGCCAAAAACCCUAAAGACCCUAAGGAUGGGAUGCCGAAUGGGCAUGCCAUGUUUUCAACUAAGCCUGUGGUGAAGAAAGAAGAACCUGAAGCUGCUGCAAAAAGUGAUCAAAUAUCUGAUGCCAGAAUCAUAAGCACUCUGGCCAAAUACCUGUGGAUGAAAGAUAAUUUUGAGUUCCGCUUUCGGGUCAUUGCUGCCUUGACUUUACUAGUUGGUGCAAAGGUUGUGAAUGUUCAAGUCCCGUUCUUGUUUAAGCUUGCGGUUGAUUGGUUGACAACAGCAACUGGCAAUGCUAAUGCUCUUGCUGAGUUUACUAAUGCCAAUUCUACUGCUUUGGCUCUUUUUGUAAGUCCUGCUGCGGUUUUGAUUGGUUAUGGUAUUGCACGAUCAGGGGCAUCCGCUUUCAACGAAUUGCGAACUGCAAUUUUCUCAAAGGUGGCGCUCCGCACUAUUCGGUCAGUUUCACGGAAGGUCUUUUCGCACUUGCAUGAACUCGACCUGCAAUAUCACCUCAGUCGAGAAACAGGUGGUCUUAAUCGGAUUAUUGACCGUGGUAGCCGAGCUAUCAAUUUUAUUCUUUCAUCAAUGGUAUUCAAUGUUUUCCCGACGAUAUUGGAGAUAUCAAUGGUAUCAGGUAUACUUGCAUACAAGUUUGGAGCACCCUUUGCAUGGAUCACUUCACUGUCAGUGGCUGCAUAUAUCGCUUUCACCUUGAGUAUUACCCAGUGGCGAACUAAGUUUAGGAAGGAGAUGAAUAAAGCUGAUAAUGAUGCAAGCACAAGAGCAAUAGAUUCACUUAUCAAUUAUGAGACUGUUAAGUACUUUAACAAUGAGGUCUUUGAAGCUGAGAAGUACGAUCACCUUUUAAAGAGAUACGAAGAUGCUGCCUUAAAGACACAACGUAGUCUUGCAAUGUUGAACUUUGGGCAAAAUGCAAUAUUCAGCAUAGCUCUCUCAGCUGCUAUGGUUUUAUGUUCGAAUGGGAUUAUGAAUGGCGUCAUGACUAUUGGUGACUUGGUCAUGGUAAAUGGGCUGCUGUUCCAGCUAUCGCUUCCGCUGAAUUUCCUUGGUAGUGUAUAUCGUGAGACUGUACAAAGUCUAGUGGACAUGAAAUCAAUGUUUCAGUUACUAGAGGAAAGAGCUCAAAUCAGAGAUGCAGCCGAUGCAAAAUCUCUCAAGUUAAGCGGGGGUAGCAUUCAAUUUGAGAAUGUUCACUUCAGUUAUUUGACAGAAAGGAAGAUUCUAGACGGGAUUUCUUUCAUUGUCCCAGCUGGAAAAAGUGUAGCUAUUGUAGGAACGAGUGGCAGUGGCAAAUCAACCAUUCUUAGAUUGCUCUUCAGAUUCUUUGACACCCAUUCCGGAAAUAUAAGAAUAGAUGGUCAAGAUAUUCGGGAGGUUACUCUUGAGAGUCUUCGGAAAUCUAUUGGUGUUGUUCCCCAGGAUACUGUUCUUUUCAAUGAUACUAUAUUUCACAAUAUUCACUAUGGACGGCUAUCUGCCUCGGAGGAGGAGGUGUACAUUGCUGCUCGACAAGCUGCAAUCCAUGACACUAUUAUGAAAUUCCCGCAAACGUAUGCUACAGUGGUGGGAGAACGUGGACUGAAGUUAAGUGGUGGCGAGAAGCAAAGGGUUGCACUAGCGCGUGCAUUCCUUAAAGCACCUGCGAUAUUGCUUUGUGAUGAAGCCACGAGUGCACUUGACAGCACGACAGAAUCAGAAAUAUUAAGUGCUUUGAAGUCUCUAGCAAAUAAUCGGACCGCAGUUUUUAUUGCCCAUAGGCUCACUACAGCUAUGCAAUGUGAUGAGAUCAUAGUCUUGGAGGAUGGGAAAGUGGUGGAACAAGGGCCACAUGAAUUUCUUCUAUCAAGGUCAGGGAGGUAUGCACAACUUUGGUCACAGCAGAACACGGUGGAUGGACUUGAUGCGGCCAUCAAGUUAAACGCAUGAAUAUGCCCUUUCUGUUGUUUCAGCAAAAAAACAAAUUACGACUUCACCAGCUACUUCGCCCAAUCGUCUCACUUCUUUCUUCAGUUCCAAUAAAGGAUAUAAAUUUCUGAUUUGCACUUUCAUCCUCUCCAUAUUUGAUGUAGAGGGACAGGAUUUACUUAGAUUCUAUUGGACAGAGAAGCAGUUCCCAGACUGCUAAUAUGAAGGAAGAAAGAAAUUCACGGUUCUCCCCAUUUCCUGCUUUAUGCGCUUCUUGUGAGGAUGGAACAGGUCAAACUAAUCUUCUCAAUGAUUAUAUUUUGGACUACAGUCAUCUUGUUUUGUUAGUGGCGGUGAUGUUAGCGACGAAUCGGAAGCACCUAUGUAGUAUAUGUACUGUUAAAGUGCAGUGUUCACUUUGUUAUUUUUGGAGAGUCAAAGAUAAUGAAGUUUAGGAUCCCCUAGCUUGCUGAUAAGAUCCAUUCUUUGGACUUUGUAGUGGAUGCUAUACUUUGUGUAUAUUUCCACAAACACAUUAAAUUGUGUUAACAUCUUAAAUGUCACUUACCCUCUUAUGGGGUAACACACUGUUAGUGAAGGCUUCUUAUAUUGUCUUUA